UUCUUUUUAGUUUUUUGUUACAGUUUUUGUUGUUGUUGUUGCAGCAAGGAUAGACGUGCGUUCGUGUGUUGUGCUCAUAUGCGCCACACAUUCCGGAAAGGUAGAAAGAAAAACAAGAACAAGGUGCGGCAAGGCAAAAGUAUCAUAAUAAAUGCAAAUCAGCUGUUUCUGCGCGACCAAUGCUGGCCAGUGCAGCUGAGGAGCAACAAAAAAAAAAAAUUUUAUUAAUAAAUUGGCGAACAGUCAAGUGUUAAGUGUGUGUGCAUUUUUUCAAGCAAAAUAUGUAUUGAUGUUUUUUGAAUAGCUAUAUCUACGAAAAGAAAAUACAAAGAUCGAAAAAAUCACCAAAAAAUUAAUUACAUAUAUAUCUAAAGCUAUAUAUUUUUAUUUAUAAAUCUGUCAUAUAAAAAAUUGUUAGAAAAACUAAGGAAGCAGUGUGUCUUCUACGUUGUUGUGUAUUUUAUACAAGCCCAAACGCUGAAUUAGAGCACAAACCAAAGGCGGAGAAUAAAAAAAAAAAAAAACAGCCAGUGUGGAAAAGAAAAAGUGAAAAAAAAACGGUAGUGUGCCCACAAAUCGUAGGCGAAUGAAUGAAUGACUGAAUGUGCGCUGAAUUCGCCCUACAAUACAUAUAAUACACGUCGUAAGAAGAAAGCUAAACAAUAAUAAUAAAAAGUGACCGCAAACCAAUGUUUUACAUAUGAGUUGCAAGUGCAUACAUUGUAGUUGAUAGCGUUUCGUUUGGUUUUUUUUUUCACUAAAAAAAAGUUCAGUAGUUGUGCUGACAAGCAGCUCAACAUGUUGUCGCUAUUGUUGUUUACUUAAAUAUUAACAAAUGUAAAACAAGAAAAUAAAUAUUUAUUAUAAAUAUGCAUAUAUUUAUAUAACCGACGGUCACAAGUGGAAAUUGUAUAUACGUACAUAAGUACAUACCUACUUAUGCACGUACAUAAGUUUAAUUAAUAACGCAAUUGUUCAUGCAGUAAUUUUUAAAAUUACAAAAUAUUCUUACUUGAGUGUGAAAAAAUAUUUAAGCAAGUAGUGAACUGAAUUCAGUUUUAUUCGUAUCUUCUGCGACUUCGAUUUGUUUGGCCGAAAAAGUGGAUGCAAAUGAAUAUUUGACAGCGAAUCGCUUUUAUGUAAGCGAAUAGUACGAGCCCUAGACAGAGGAUACAAUAUUCUAAUAAAUUUGCCUAUUUAAUUGGAAAAAUUAUUGAAGCACAAUAUUUACGUAUGGAGCAAUGUACUAAGCAGCUAAAAUAAGAGUGCGUGAAAAAUUACAACUACGAGUCACUGUGGGCCAUAAAGGAAUGAAAAGUACAAGUCAUAUGAGGUGUACUUUGUAGUUAAUGCUCUCACCCAAUAUAAUUCUGCCGUCGAAGACUAGUGUUGGGAAGCCUCUUCCCCAUUCUUCGAAGAGACGAUUGCAAGCUUUUCAACACCUGCUUCCUUCCAGAAACAACGUAACUUCUAGUCCUCCACUGCCGUACCUAAAAUCCAAAUGGUGCGUUUCGAACCUUUAGGCCAGAAAAUGUUCACGCGGCGCAAUUGGCUGCUCCGAUGUAGCAUACUCAUCAAUAUUGUUGUCAUCCUAUACAUAUGCAGUCAUGUCAUGAUUGGCAAUGGCAGCGGUUUUACUGGCAGUAAUACAUUUUUUAUACAGGAGCGAGGAUUAGAUCCAACGCAAUUAGCGAAUAGCGACCAACUUGUCGCAGACAAGCUGCAGCCACCUCCGCCCCCUCCACUCAUAUCCAAUGACCUGCAAGCGCCGCCGCCGUGGGCCAACGUUUCUGGUGGUACUGCGUCGGUACCUGCUGCUCCUGGGGAUAUUGCCGCACCACUUGCACAAAAUCACACAGCUGGCGCCGCAGACUCGCCGGCUGUGCCGGCGGUAGUAGGGAAUAAUGGCGCUGCUGCCGCUGUCAGUGGGACUGCCGAGUCAGCUGGGUUUGUAAAUGCUACCGCUAACGAUGCCUAUAUUGUUACCGGUGAUGAAAAAGACUUAUAUGAACGGCUGGAAACACUUUUAAACUGUUACGAACGUGACUACAAACCGGAGAUUUUACAGCGCGGUGACUUCUGGGUGCUCAAAAAUUACGUGCGCGCCGAUCAUGGCGCGAUGAAGUGUACCGAAUCAAUUACGUAUACAACGCAUGCGGAUUACACGUUUUUAGAUAAUCUCAUACCACUGUUGGAGCGUUGGAAUGCGCCCGUUAGCAUUGCCAUGCACACACCUGGUACUGAUUAUCAGCCAACUAUUGAUGCCAUUAAGUACUUGCGUAAUUGUCUGCCUGGGAGUCACUUAGUACGCGGUCUGACCACAUUUCAUCUCUACUUUAGCACAAAACACAUACCCAAGCAGGUAGUGAAGCAAUCGGAAGUGCUGAAGACGCCCUACAACUGCACGCUGCCACCACCCUAUUUCAAUGUUAGCUCCGGGCAUUUAUAUAAGUCACAAAAGAAGCUAUUGUAUCCAGUGAAUGUUGGUCGAAAUAUAGCGCGCGAUGCUGCCUUAACGCACUUUAUACUAGCAUCGGAUAUUGAGUUGUAUCCAAAUCCAGGGCUAGUGAAAAAAUUCCUGGAGAUGAUUGCACGGAAUGAAGCGUAUCUGCAACGCAAAGCGCCAAGAGUCUUUCCGCUCUCCAUUUUUGAGGUGGAAGCCAAUGUGACCGUGCCACGCGACAAAACCGAAUUGCAGGAGUACUUGCGCAGUGGCAAAGCGAUACCUUUUCAUAAGCGUGUCUGUGCCAGUUGUCAUGGCGUGCCACAGUCCAAAGAAUGGAUGGCCGCCAACGAAACGGAGGAACUUAGUGUCUUCCAUAUAGGCAAGCGUACUGGAUAUUUCCGGCAUUGGGAACCUAUCUACAUUGGUACGCAUGCGGACCCUCACUAUGAUGAACGACUGAGUUGGGAGGGUAAAAGUGAUAAAAUGACGCAGGGCUAUGCGCUCUGCGUACUAGACUACGAAUUCCAUAUUUUAGAUAAUGCCUUCCUUGUGCACAAACCAGGCAUCAAAAUACUACAAAAAGAUAAUCGACGUGCCAUGUUGGCGGGUAAAACGAAUCAACUUAUACGCAAAAUCAUUUAUCCGGAAUUGAAGAUAAUGUAUGGUGUGCGACAGGGAUGCAUCGUAUAGUAACUAAUAAAUUGGCAAAAAAGUUGAAAAACUUUUUUAGGCUCUAAUAAGAAUGGAAUUAAAAGACUACUACUACAAUUCAA